ACAAUAAUAUAAAAAAGCUAAUCAAUUUCAUAAUUUUUCUGUUGUAAUCUGCAAUAUCAUGGUAUACAUAAUUCAAAAUAAAGAGGAUCUAGAUGAGAAAAUAGAAGAAGCCAAUGCUUCCGGCCUGCUGGUGGUCAUUGACUUUUUUGCAAAUUGGUGUGGGCCCUGUAAGAUUAUUAGCCCAAAAUUGGAAGAGUUAGCAGCACAUUAUUCCGAUAAAGCAGUUGUAUUGAAAGUCAACGUGGACGAUUGCGAAGAAAUUGCGCUCGAAUACAAUGUUACCAGCAUGCCGACUUUCGUCUUUAUCAAGGGCAAACAUAUAAUUGACGUGUUUGUAGGCGGGAACUCCGAGAAACUUGUUAAAAACAUGGAAAAAUACGUAGGCGAGCCUGUACCUGUAGAAAAUAUGCCAGAGAUUGCUGAAGCCGAGCAGGCAGUGGAAGAGGAGCACCCAGCUCUUGACUAAGCAGCCAUAACAAAAGACUUGUUUCAUUGAAAUCAGUAAACCAUGCUAUCAUAUUAAAUGCUUCAAACGCUUCAAUUAUUAAAGAUAUUCAAUUACUUUUUUCUCUGCCAAAUAUGGCAUGCACUUUAUUUCCAUAUGAAAUAUUGUACAUUAGAAGGUACAUUGUUUUAGAGAAAAACAAUGUGAGAAUGUUAGCUUUGACCAAGCCGAAUAUUAGCCCUCACUCGGUAUUGUGCUGAAUGAUAUUUACACACGGGUUAAAAAGGUCUUACAUGAUAAAA